UCGUUGGUCAAUAAUUAUGGAAAAACAAGGAAAUCUGCCUCCUCCGCCGCAGUAUAGUCAAGGAGGACAACAAUCGACAGUGGUCAUCACAUCGCCAGCAAUGUUAGGACCACAGUUUCGGGAGGUACCAGUCCGAACACAAUGUCCAGCCUGUCAAGCUGAUAUAAUGACCUCUACACGAUAUGAAACUGGUACACUGACCUGGAUUAGCAUUGGCGUUUUAUGUUUGUUUGGAUGUUGGUUUGGGUGUUGUCUCAUUCCCCUCUGUGUUGACCCCUGUAAAGAUGUUGUGCACUCCUGUCCAAACUGUAAGCAGAUGGUUGGAAAGUACAACAGGAUGUAACGAUCGUUGUUCAAUGUCACGUGACAUUCUACGUUAGAAAAUUAGUUGUUUUCUUUUUUUAUUAUUCUUUUUAAAGAAUCAUUGCUACAUGAUAUAUAAAUUUUAA